CGAGCCUGCGGCCCUGGCGGCCCGCGUCUCCCUCCCCGGAAGGCGGCGCCGGCAGCUCCGAGACCCGGCCGCCACCGCGUGGGACCAGGGCAGCGGAGGGGCGGCGUGGACCCCGCGGCACCCCUGGGCCUCCGAGCGGCGAGCGCGCGCUCCUGACCAGCGCACGGGCUCAGGAUGGGAAACCACGCGGGAAAGCGGGAGUUAAACGCUGAGAAGGGCAACAAGGAUGCAGACUCCGGAGCAGGGGAGCCCAGCAGGAGGAGGAGCCCCCACCACCUCUCCCGGGAGGCCUCAGAGGACAGCGACGUGUUCGGAGAGGCAGAUGUGGAGCAGAACAAUGGGGCCCCCUCUCAGGGCACGGCGGUGACAGACUCCAAGCGCACAGCGGACCCGAAGAAUGCCUGGCAGGACGCCAACCCAGCUGACCCGGGCGGCCGCCCCCACUUGAUCCGCCUCUUUUCCCGAGAUGCCCCCGGGAGGGAGGACAACACCUUCAAAGACAGGCCCUCGGAGUCAGACGAGCUCCAGACCAUCCCAGAGGACGGCGCGGCCACUCCCGAGGGCCUGCAUGUGAUGGCAUCACAGAAACGACCCUCCCAGCGGCACGGCUCCAAGUACCUGGCGUCCGCGAGCGCCAUGGAACACGCCAGGCACGGCUUCCUCCCGAGACACAGGGACACGGGCAUCCUUGACUCCCUCGGGCGCUUCUUUGGCGGUGACAGGGGUGUGCCCAAGCGGGGCUCAGGCAAGGUGCCCUGGCUCAAGCAGAGAAGGAGCCCUGUGCCCUCUCAUGCCCGCAGCCAGCCCGGGCUGUGCAACACGUACCAGGACGGACAUCACGCGGCGAGGACUGCCCACUAUGGCUCCCUGCCCCAGAAGUCACAGCACGGCCGGCCCCAAGACGAAAACCCCGUAGUGCACUUCUUCAAGAACAUUGUGACGCCGCGCACACCUCCUCCAUCCCAAGGAAAGGGGCGAGGACUGUCCCUCAGCAGAUUUAGCUGGGGAGCCGAGGGGCAGAAGCCGGGAUUCGGCUACGGAGGCAGAGCUGCAGCCCACAAGGGAUUCAAGGGGGCACACGACGCCCAGGGCACGCUCUCCAGAAUCUUCAAACUGGGAGGAAGAGACAGCCGUUCUGGAUCACCCAUGGCUAGGCGCUGAUGUCCUGCCUUGUCACAGAAUCCCGUCCUCAGCUUCUUAAUAUAACUGCCUUAAGAUUUUAAUACCAUUCACAUAAAUUACCUACUCGUAGCAAACUCCCCUUGCCUAAUGCCCGUUGAGUUGUACACACAGUAGGGGCAGGCACGCCUCACCCUACUGGCAAUUCCUGGCCAUCAGCUAAAUGAGAAAAUGCAGACAGAAAAUGAAGCGGUUAUUCUGAGUUUGAAGACAAAUGCCCCGGACUCUCACCCCACCGCACUGUGGGGCAGAUGCUCGGCACCUCCACAUUCACCCUCCAGCCUCCGACUCGCUUUGCUGACUCGGUAUCUCUUGGCUUCCCGGGCACUGCCGUGGCCACGCGGCUGCGGAGGCAGAGACACGUGCGGGGCAGUGAGGACUGUGGAUCCGAGCUUCCUUUGGUUUCUUCCCCUGCCCUGCUCACCUCCUAACACACACUCACCCCCCCUCCGGGAUUAGGCGGUCGGGAGCGGCACAGGCGGCUUCGGUAUGUGAAGUGCGGGCGGGCAGCUGUGAAGAGGCCCACGUGGUGGGCGCAGAGGGGGCGCCUGCGGGGGCGGCUGCCCAGCUGGCGGGAUCCAGGCGUGGUGGAGAGGGCGCAGGCAGGCAACCCUGGGCUGGGCUAUGGCCCCUACAGGAAACAGGACCUUCUUGGAAACUGGGUGACGACGCGGCUGGGGCCAGAGCAGCCCCUGCAGACAACCUGUUUCCCCCCAGAGCCCAGCAGGAGGGUCUGAGCGGGACUGGAGGAGUUUCCGGGUGGCCUCACGGCGUCACCCUGGUCACUGUGGGAGGUGGCCGGCCGUAGGCUUCCCACGGUGCGGCACGUUGCACACUAACCCUGGGUGGACGGGCCACGCCCCGUCUGCCUGCACCUGAGACACAGAUUUGCAUAGUUGAUGGGCUUCGGAGGGACCCCGAGCCGCUGACCUGGACGUGUGAGCGGAGACGGGGCUCCUCUGAGCUGUGUCUCUUCUAACGCGAGCUGACCUUUCCCACACUCCCCUCCUAACAUACUGACCCGCCUUUUGAUUUUAGCGUAUCUCUUACAGGCCUUCCAAAGAACCCCACACCGGCGCCCCCGCCCCCUUAGAACCCAGAUGAGGCGUAGUGAGCGUAAUCCUGUCCUAAUUCCUGCCUGGUGUGAGUUUAAUGUAGUGUCUAUUAAUACCUAGCCUCAAUGAUGAGAGGGUUGGGGGGGGUGGGGGGGAUAGAAAAAGGAACACAAUUCCACAAAGAAAACCUCCAAAUUGCUCGACACACACACACACACUCAACAUCUUAAGCCAAUUGCUGACUGAUCUCUCUUCGUGGUUGCGCACCCCAGCAGUGUGCGCUGUAAUGGGGGGGUUCUCGUGGGAAGUACACACUGUUCUUGAAUAUUGAAAUAAUAAACUUUUAAUGAUA